UAAACCUUAAGCUCCUAAUCUUAAUAAGCACUUCUCUCUCUCUCUCUCUCUCUCUUCUCUAUUUGUGUGCGGAUGUUUAUUAAGAAAUCAUGGGGUAAAGCUCAGGUCGGUCGCCAUCUCUCUCUCUCUCUCUCUCGCUGUGUGUGUGUGUGUGGAUGUGUCUAUAUAUAUAUAUACAUAUAUUAUACAUUCAUUCACUCGCCACACAGAUACAUAUAGUGAUACCAGUCUCUCUCUCAUCUACUUCCGCUUUCACAUUCCAUUUCUGUUCAUCCAUUCUCCCUGGCCGAUUUCCUACCAAGUAAUAUUAGAACGAUCAAGGGGUUUAGAGAAUCGUAUCAGAGCAUCGUUAAAAGUCUAAGUUAAAAGAGAGUUGCUGCAUUAAUGGCGGAUCCAUCAAACUCGGAGUCGGAGUCAAGCAGUGUCUCGUCCUCUCUCUCACCGUCCACCGGCAAGGCCGACGGUGUAGGAGCCCAGAAGCGGCCGAAGAGGGGCAGAGAGAGCGGCGGAGCCAGCACCAAGCACCCGGUGUACAGAGGGGUGAGAAUGCGGGCGUGGGGCAAGUGGGUCUCCGAAAUCCGCGAGCCCCGGAAGAAGUCCCGCAUCUGGCUCGGAACCUUCUCCACGCCGGAGAUGGCGGCCCGCGCCCACGACGUCGCCGCCCUCUCCAUCAAGGGAAGCUCGGCCGUCCUCAACUUCCCCGACCUCGCCGACCUCCUCCCCCGCCCCGCCACGUGCUCCGCGCGUGACGUCCAGGCCGCCGCCCUCAAGGCCGCCUCCAUGGACAACCUCAUCCCCGCCACCCCCUCCACCUGCUCUUCCUCCUCCUCCUCCUCCUCCUCCACCUCCACGGCUGCUGCUCCAGAGGAGCUCAGCGAGAUAGUGGAGCUACCGAGAUUAGACGAUUCGGCCGACUCCCGGAACGAUUUCGUGUUCACGGAAUCCGCGUGGGUCUACUCCCCUGAGUGGUUGCACGAAGCCUACGCGUAUUUAGCGACGGAUCCCCUGGCGAUGCAAGAGAGUGUUAUCCCCGCCGGCGAUUUCGAGACUUUAUUGUGGCAGCAUUAAUGAUUGCCGGUGAGAGAGAGUUUAUGGGUUUUUCACUACAACCAACCCUUUUUUUGUUUUUGUUUCUUUUCCCCCCUCUUUUUUUUUUUUUUUUUGUUUCCUUGUUUGGACUUUUCAUCAUCAGUAGCUCUUUUGUUUGUUUUUAAGGGUCAAAUUAUAUAUACCUUUCUUCCUUCUCAAGUUCUUCUUCAUUAAUAACAGUACGUAGUAGUUGUGGAUCAGCUAGUGUUUUUCUUCCCAUUUUCUCUUUAAUUAA